UUAAAUGGUUCAUUGUGUUAGUAUCACUAUGACGUGGGUUCAGAAAAACUGCUAGUUUGAGAAAAGUAUUCCUGACACGUUUCACUUCCCAAGUGCAUGAAGAUGGUUUGAGGAAAUACUUUGGCUGAUCCGGAUUUUUGUACUGAAAAGACUUAUGUGACAGCGAAGGGUAAUGAAGAACUUCCUGUGCCUUGAGUGAGCACUUUGAGGUCAGCAAUAUGGGUCGACUUGAUGGGAAGAUAGUACUAUUGUCUGCAGCAGCACAGGGGAUCGGACGAGCAGUCGCUGUAGCUUUUGCUAAAGAAGGAGCAAAAGUCAUUGCUACAGACAUCAACAAGUCUAAGUUGCAAGAACUGGAGAAAUAUCCAGGAAUUCAAGUACGGGUUCUGGAUGUCACCAAGAGGGAAGAGAUAGAAAAUCUAGCCAAGGAGAUUGAAAGGAUUGACAUCCUCUGUAACGUUGCAGGGUUUGUUCAUCAUGGAACCAUUCUGGAGUGUGAGGAGAGAGACUGGAAUUUUGCUAUGAACCUCAAUGUUCGCAGCAUGUAUCUAAUGAUCAAGACGUUUCUUCCCAAGAUGAUUAAGCAGAAAUCUGGAAAUAUUAUAAAUAUGUCUUCCGUGGCAUCCAGCAUUAAAGGAGUUGUGAACAGAUGUGUAUACAGCACUUCUAAGGCAGCAGUUAUUGGUCUAACAAAGUCUGUGGCUGCUGACUUCAUUGAACAAGGCAUCAGAUGCAACUGUGUAUGUCCUGGAACUGUUGACACACCAUCUCUACAAGGAAGAAUUAAAGCCAGGCCUAACCCAGAACAGGCAUUGAAAGACUUUCUAGCCAGACAGAGGAUUGGUAGGAUGGCUACUGCUGAAGAAGUGGCCCAUCUCUUUGUGUACUUGGCCUCUGAUGAAUCUGCCUACAUGACUGGCAAUGAACUAAUCAUCGAUGGAGGGUGGAGCUUGUGACUGAGCCUAUCUGCAAAUGGAAAUUCAUACUAUAUGAAAGGCAAAAAAUGAGGAGAGAUCAUGUUUCUCAGUUAAGAUGGUUUGCAAAGAUUUAAAUCAUGAACGUGAUGUCUUUCAAAACAAAUUUAGUGCAUUUUUAUCACUCUGUAAUCUCUUUCUAAAUUGAUCUUACUGAUAUGCUUUUUCCUAAAUAGCAAAACAUUGGAGUAAAAUGUAUUUAAUGUGACUUUUUAAUGGUAACUCCGAAAGCAUGAAAGAAUAAUAAUGUAACCUUUAAGAUAUCAAUGUUCCAAGAAUACUAUUUCAUGUACAGAAUGAAGUCUUGUUUUAAACAAAUCUAAAUGAAAGGAAUUAAAUACUACUAUUAUUCUCA